GCUCGCUCUGCCUAGCCGCUCUCCACUCUGCCAUUAGGUACGAGCUCUCUCUUCGACGACGACGCUAUUAGAAGCCAGUCGUCUCGUCCUCGCUUCUCACGGCUGCACGCAACGCUACUCGCAACGCGCUGUCGCCGCCUCAGCACACCCGCAAGCCAUCGUUGCUACCUACACCUCUGUUCCUUCAACCGCCAAGUUUUACCCAAAGGAACGCCCUUGCGACGCUGCCGCUGCCGCUGCUACUUUUCACUGCUAAUUAUUGCAGAGUGACUUUUUGUUGAUUAUGAGAGUAAAGAACGAAAUGGACGACGACGAAAAGGGAAAACUCUUUGUCGGAGGUUUGUCAUGGGAGACGACCCAAGAAAAUUUGCAAAGAUACUUCAGCCGCUACGGCGAAGUCAUCGACUGCGUUGUCAUGAAGAAUAGCGAGUCCGGCCGGAGCCGUGGCUUUGGCUUCGUUACCUUCAGUGACCCCUCCAACGUGGGCGUUGUUCUUCAGAAUGGCCCUCACCAACUCGAUGGUCGCACUAUUGAUCCAAAACCAUGCAAUCCCCGCACUCUUCAAAAACCCAAACGAACAGGUGGUUUCCCUAAAGUUUUCCUGGGUGGUUUGCCUAGCAAUGUCACAGAAACUGAUCUCAGAGGAUUCUUUUCAAGAUUUGGAAAAGUCAUGGAAGUAGUUAUCAUGUAUGAUCAGGAAAAGAAAAAAUCCAGAGGCUUUGGAUUCCUCAGCUUCGAGGACGAAGAUGCUGUGGACCGCUGCGUUAGUGAACACUUCGUCAACUUGAAUGGAAAACAGGUUGAAAUUAAACGUGCUGAACCCCGUGAUUCGUCAAGCAAAAUGAAUGAUUCUCAUCCUGGACAAUGGGGUCCUCCUCAACAAGGACCACCUAUGGGAAUGGCUGGUAAUAUGGGUCCAAUGGGAGGACCUAAUGGUCAAAUGGGAGGCCCAAUGAUGGGAGGUCCAAUGGGACCCCCCGGUAAUAUGAUGCAGCAGUAUCAAGGAUGGGGUACCAGUCCUCAAACCGGAGGAUACGCUAGUUAUAGUGCACAGUACAAUGCUCAAGGAUGGGGUGCACCACCAGGACCACCUCAACAACAACAAAUACCACCUCCUCCACCUCAUCAGUGGGGAAGUAGUUAUAAUGUACAACCAGCUGCUGCUAAUCAAGCUUAUGGUAGCUAUGGUGGGCCGACGGCGGCCGCUUCGGGGGGCUACGGACCCGCGGCGGGUACUGGUGGGGCUGCGGGGGGAGGGCCAGGGGCUACUUGGAACUCGUGGAACAUGCCACAAAAUGGCCCUCCACCAGGUCAUUCAAGCCAACCUCCACCCCAGCCCCUUCAACCCAACUCUUCGCAGAACUCCAACUCGAAUCCCUCUGGUCCACUUGGAGAUAUAUACUCGAGACAAACCACCGGCUCGGGUGCACCAGGCUCCAGCAGCAGUUCAGCUAAAACACCAGACUAUGCCGGUUACACUGGAUACAGCAACUACGGCGAUACCUCUUAUCCUCAGCGUUCUUAUGGAGGCGGCGAGAGCAGCCAAGGAUUAGGCGAUGGUUCGGGUCCGUCAAACGUGCCACGACAGCAGACGGGGAGCGGUAACUUGCAACUGGUGCGCUGCGGCUCUGCAGAACGGGAUUUUGAAUCGGCGCAGAUCGGCAUCGUCGUCAGUCAACCGAGAAAUGUUGUCGGUCCCCAAAGAGUACAGCCAGUCAACUCCAACACUUACCACCCGUAUCGACGAUCUUGAAGGCGAAGCAUCCUUUCUUUAAUAUGUUUUAUUUAUUCUUUGUUUUAUUGACUAGACAUUAA